AGGAAACCAUUUUUAUUUGUCACUUCAAACUAUGUCCAGAAUUGUUCUCCUUCUAGCGCAUACACGUAAACAAUUAAAUCAUAAUGAUAUAAAAUGUAAACAAGAAAAUCAAUAUAAUUUGUCAAAUAAUUUUCAACAAUCAUCCAAUCCUUUAUGGUUAGAAGAAGAUAAACUAUUGGAUUCAUCCAAUUUUAAUGAUAAUUUUCAAGCUGUAAAUGAUCUAAAUGAAUUGAAAUCUCAUAUCAAUCAUUCAAUACUGGAUGUUUCCAAUAUUGACAGAAAACAAAUAAGAAUCUCAGAGACUUUCUACCCAGUUAAUGUAAAUGGACUUCUUAUUUGGAAUUUGCAUAUUAACAAUAAAUCAAAUGAAAUUAUUAUAUGUCCUGAAACAUAUCAGAUAUGGUUGAAUAACCAAAAGAUUAAAAAUAUCAAAGUAUAUUUAGAUUGUCAUAGACAAUCACAACAUGGAACAUUAUUACUUCAAUUUGAAAUGAACCUUUCAAAUGAUUCAACUAAUAAUCAGCAUUCAUUUCAACAAAUUAUAAAAUGUUUUAAUUAUCAAUUUAUCAUUUCUGCAUUUUAUUCAUCUGAAUGUUCUGUGACACUAGAAGAUAAAGAACUUAUUUUAGAUCUAUUACAAUUGAAACAUAUGAAAUCAUUUAUGAAUAUGUCAAUGACCAAUUGGACAAUUCGUUAUAUUUAUCACAUUUAAAUUAUUACCAUAUUCGAAAACCAGUAUGUAUAAUUUAGGUUUAUUAAUAGUAUAACUAAUGAAUUAAUAAAUAAAAAUAAUUCUAUUGAGGAA